AUGUCUCCCAAGCAAGCCAUUCUCACCGACAGCGCCCCCAAGCCCCUUCCAGGCAUCUACAGCCAAGCCAUCGUCGCCAAUGGCUCAGUCUACUGCUCCGGCUCGAUCGGCAUGGAUCCAACCACCGGCAAGCUGAUCGAGGGCUCUGUUGCAGACAGAACUCACCAAUGCAUCAAGAACCUGACAGCAGUCCUCGAAGCUGCGGGCACCAGCAUCGACAACGUCGUCAAGGUGAAUGUGUUCCUCGAUGACAUGGAGAACUUCUCGGCUAUGAAUGAGGUUUACAAGCAGUAUUGGGGUGAGACGAAGCCGUGCAGGACUUGUGUGGCUGCUAAGCAGCUGCCGUUGGGGACGGAUGUGGAGAUUGAGUGCAUUGCUGUGUUGCCGUAG